AUGACCGUCGACGCCACCAAGCGCGACCUCAACGCCCAGGGCCACGGAGGCAUCAAGUGGCCCGUUCCCGAGGGAAUGACUGUCAAGGAGGCCCAGGCCAAGUGUGGUGACCAGGCCCAGCUCUCUUGCUGCAACAAGGCCGUCUACGCCGGUGACACCACCGAUGUCAACUCGGGCCUUGCUGGUGGCCUUCUCUCCAACCUGAUCGGCACUGGCUCUGGUGCCGACGGUGCUGGUAUCUUCGACCAGUGCUCCAAGCUCGAUGUGCAGGUCGCUUUGCUCAUCGCUGUCCCUGUUCAGGACCUCAUCAACCAGAGGUGCAAGCAGAACAUCGCCUGCUGUGCGAACUCUCCUUCCACUGCCAGCAACGACCUUGUUGGCGCUGGUCUUCCUUGCGUUGCCCUUGGCUCCAUCCUGUAA